AUGGGCUUAGCUCUUAUUUUCGUGUCUCAGCAUCUGGCUGGCAAGCGAGAUGGAUUUUUGGUCUCUCCGCCCUUUGAAAGGGUUGUGGAUCCGUGGGGUCCCCCAUUUCUGGGGCCCGAAGUCAAUCUGGCGUACUAUACGCUGCAGAAACGUCGAACUUAUGAUCAAGUGGCGCCUAAAUCUCCACGGGGGAAUAUCUUCGACUAUGGCCUCCACGAGCUGCAAAAUUCCGCAAACAGUCUAAUCCACUUGUUACACCAUAGAGGGUCGCUAGCUGCGUGUAUUCGCCUACAAUACAUGAUGCCACGACAAAGCCACGUGCAAGUGACUGAAAGCAUGAUACACAAUACGACCAACCCCCUGGGGAAAUUACAGUUCUCGGAAUUCUAUUUUCCUUUGAAAAGAUCCCCGAAUUGUCCUGGGUAUCCCCAUACAAUUGGAAAUACGAUUCUCCUCAAACUACCAAACAACUUUCAAGCAAAAAUGUCUCCUGAUACCGUCAGCAUUGCCCCACCAAAAGCCCCCGAGACUGGUAGGAAUUACUUCCAUGUCAUGAACGCCGUUCCUCUUCUAAGCCUUAAUGCUGACCAGACCAUCAUUUUCUAG